CUCUAGGUGGCGCAGAAGUGCAAGCAAAUCACUUAAACACUUUUGUCCCUGGACGGCUUCCUUCCACAGCGUGGACGUGAAUGACAUUCUGAGCUUUCAUAAGAUUGCUCACUUCUGCUGGAUGCGAAGAUGUCCUUAACCUUUUUGUUCAGAACAUUAACAAGAGAUGUCGCAAAGGUCAGUGUUGGCCAGCAUGUGCAGUCUUUACACACGGGAUGUCAGCUGCUGGCAGCAGAGAAAGCCCUCCUCAUGAAACUGCGGAAAAGCACCGGCUACACUUUUAUUAACUGUAAGAAAGCCCUGGAGAAGUUUGAUAAUGACGUAGCACAGGCAGAGACAUGGCUGCAUGAGCAGGCCCAGAAGGAGGGCUGGAGCAAAGCAAACAAGCUCGAAGGUCGCAAAGCCAAAGAGGGCCUGAUCGGCGUGUUUGUGGGGGACAAAGCUGCGGUAAUGGUUGAGGUGAACUGUGAGACAGACUUUGUGGCACGCAAUGAGAAGUUCCAGCAGCUGGUUAAGGAUGUGACAUUUGCCACCUUGGCCCACUUCAGAAAUAAAACUCAAAGUCAGUCGGGAUAUGUAAAGAGUGUCCUGUCAAGCGAUGACUUAAGCAAACUCAGCGUGGGUGAAGGAACUUCACUAGCUGAUCAGGUGGCUCUCACUAUAGGUCGCCUUGGUGAGAACAUGUCUUUGAAGCGGGCAGUGACGGUGGGCAUCCCUGCUGAGUGGAAAAUUGGUUCAUAUGUACACGGCGGCAUCAGCACCCAGACAGAGGUAGCCAUGGGCCGUUAUGGAGCCCUGGUCGUAUUUCAGGGUGGAAAGGAAGGAGAGCAGGAAAUGCUAGGUCGUAAACUGGGACAGCAUAUAGUGGGAGAGUCGCCUUUGUCUCUGGGUAACAUGGAUGACCUGCCCUGUGGCGAAAGUGAGACACGCCUGCUGCCUCAGACCUUCCUGGCAGACCCCAGCAGGACUGUGGCACAGUUCCUCAGAGGUCAGCAGGCUCGAGUGCUAGACUUUGUCCGAUUUCAAUGCGGCGAGACGACUGAAGACGCAGAAUGAAGAGAGGGAAAUUGUACAUCCAGCUGAAUUUGACAUGUCUUCAUUUCAUGUGUGAAUAUAAUUCAGGUUUUUGUGUACUCUGUAAGACUGAGGCAUCACAGUCACACAGCAUCAUGAAUUUGAAAGAGUGUGCGCCCGCAAACACUGGUACCUGAUGAAAUGACCAAUCCAACAUUAAAAUCUUUUUCCUGAAAA